AGUUUCGCACUGGAAUCUUCGCAGCGACUUGAGUCGGCACGUACUUUGUAAUUUAAAUUCACCCUGGUUUGUGCUUCGUGUUGUGUCUAUAAUGUCAGCUGUCAAUUGAUGCUGAUCUUUGGUUAUGUUUACUCUGUAGUAAAAAACAAAGCUUAAAAAUUUUUUAUAAUACAAUUAAUGUAUUGAGAUAUAAAAAAAAUUAAACGAAACUUGGUAGUGAAUACCAAAUUUUUUAUUAUACAAUUAAUGUAUUGACAUAAACAAAACUUGUAGUAGUGACUACCAAAUUUUUAUAAUACAAUUAAUGUAUAGAGAUAUAAAAAAAAUUAAACAAAACUUGGUAAUAGUGAAUAACAAAAUUUUAAUGUUAUCAAAUAUAAGUGAGUUCAGAACAAAACGUUACUGUCAAUUGUUUCUGAUAUUUGGUUAUGUUUACUGUUUAGUAAAAAACAUAGAGCUUGGGAAUCUUUUUAUAAAUCCCUGUGGUCUAGAGGUCAAGGCAUUUGCCCCGAAGGCAAAAUACUCGGGUUCGAAUCCCGACGGGGGGGGGGGGAAUUUUUUCUAAGUUUCUGUUUUUUAAAAGUAUUAUAUAUCAGAAGUAUAAUAUUUUAAACAGAUAAACAAAAAUAUUAAACCAAAACUUGAUAGCAGUAAAUAACAAAUUUUAAUGUUAUCAAAUAUGAAUGAGUUCAGAAAAAAACGUAAAUUAGAGUCGGAAAACCUUUUUUAUAAAAAACGUAAGGUUACAAGUGAAAUGUCAACACCUUCCUUGAACGAAAAGAAUAAUAAGAUAUACUAUCAGCAUCAUGAUCAUUCAUACGCCAAAAAUAUAAUAUUUGAGCACGCCAAAAGUAUAAUAAUUGACAGUGUUAAUGACGAUUGUCUAGCUGAAAUAUUCAUGUAUGUGCCAGUAUGGGAAAGACCUAAAAUUGCAUUAGUAUGUCAAAAAUGGAAAAGAGCUCUUGAUUAUUCUUGGAGUAAUGUCAAAAAACUUCAACUCACUCACUGGGAACGAGCUGAGAAUCCAAAUUGUUUGAAGAAAUUUACAACACCCGAGGAAAAAUUGAGCUUUUUAAAAUCAUUGCUUAAUAAAUGUGGUCGUUAUUUAAGACAAUUAGACUUGACAGCUUAUGGUCAUAGUAACAUAGUGCCAGUUAUUAAUGAAUAUUGUCCAAAUCUCGUGGAACUUCGAUUGAGAUUCACCUAUGAGGACGAUAUACUUGAUAUCGAAUCAUAUUCACGUCUAUCUCAGCUCAAAGUACUAGCGAUUACAUUUCAACCUAAAGAUAAACGUAUAUCUGCUAAUUUAAUCGUUUCAUUGUUGGGGGUUACAGAUACAUUGACUGAUCUAAUUUUGUCCAAUUGGAACAAAAACGUUUAUAUACCUUGUGUAAUUCCAAAAAACCUAAUAAUAGUGCUUCGUCGACUGAAGGCUCUGAAAAGAUUUGAAUUUGGUGGUUUACUAAUUUUCCGAGAGUUAGAAGAGUGGAUGAUAGCUAAUCGCACAUGUAUAAAAUUUCAUCCUUAUGAUCGUUACUUAAACAAAAAUAUUAUUAAGCUAAACCAGUUAAAGAGUAUAACUAUAUUGGAUUUGUUGGGAUUCAAAGCUUCAGAUCAUUUUUUGUAUACUGUUGCCAAUACCAUAAAGCAAUUAACAAAACUUAAGGUAAAUUGUCGAUGGAUAACCAACGAUGGUGUAGUAGCCAUUUCAAAGAUGAAUAAUUUAACACAUCUUGGUUUUGCCGGCAUUAAUGACAGCAUUGAUUCUUCAUCAAUCAAAUUGCUCAAAAACUUGAUUGGAUUAGCUCUACCACGCAGCAAUAAAAUUACUGAUGAUGUAGCCAUGAAAGUUCUCGAAAAUUCACCAAAGAUGAAUAAGCUUUUUGUUCUGACCACAAGUGUUGAAUUUAUCAAAAAAGCAGCAGAAAUAUCGGAAAAUCGUAAACAACUUUUGAAAUUAGUUGUUUUUCUCAAAAUUGAUACAAAACAAUAUGAAUCUCUAUAUUUAAAAAUUAGUAUCAGUAGUUUAUUUAAAAAAGAGUAGAUAAAUGACAAAUUUUAUUGAUAACUGACUAUUAGGGGUUAUUAUCGUAUCCCAGACAACAUACUUUUUUAUUCAUUUCUUAUAGGAAAUUAAUAUCUUAUAUGGCUAUUAAUAUCAUAUUAGAUGAAAAAAAAAAAUUCAUAACUGUUUUCAAUUAAAAUACAUGUAAAAUGUAUAAUCGUAUAAUCGAUUAAAAUACAAUAUUGUAAUGUAUAUAAUUUCAUUCGAAGAAUAAAUAAAUGAACAAUUGAAAGGUUAA